AUGAGCGCGGCGCUGACGAACCCAUCGUCACUUGACUCAGUCGACUACGACCCCAUCGACCACCUCAACCUGCUCUUCGCGAACCCGGCCUCGGUAUCGUCCGUCAACCGCGUCUCGCAGACGCUCCGGUCGCACCAGGAUGACCUCGCCGCCGAGAUCGGCGCCCUCGAGGCCGCGCAGGCGUACCGACCCGACUCGAGCCUGGAGCGGAUGCGGUCGGCGCAGGCGGAGCUCGGGCAGCUGUUCCGCAAGGUCGAGACGGUGCGGUCGCGGGCCAUGGAGACGGAGGCGAGCAUCACCUCGAUGACGGCGGACAUCAAGCGGCUGGACGGCACCAAGAAGAACCUGACGCUGAGCAUGACGGCGCUGAAGCGGCUGCAGAUGCUGACGACGGCGUACGAGCAGCUGCGCGGGCUCGCGCGCGCGCGCCAGUACCGCGACUGCGCGGGCCUGCUGCAGGCGGUGCUGCAGCUCAUGCGCCACUUUGGCAGCUACCGCAGCAUCGAGCAGAUCGCCGCGCUGAGCCGCGAGGUCGCCGAGCUGCAGCGGGGGCUGCUCGAGCAGGUGUGCGAGGACUUUGAGAUGGCCUUUGCCAAGGGCGAGGUCGCGGCGCGGCGGGGGACGCUGGCCGAGGCGUGUCUGGUCAUGGACGCGCUGGGGGACGCGGCGCGCGCCCGCCUGGUGACGUGGUACGUCAACACGGAGCUGCGCGAGUACCGCCAGGUGUUCCGCGGCAACGACGAGGCGGGCAGCCUGGACAACAUCGGCCGGAGGUACGCGUGGUUCCGGCGCACGGUCAAGGCGCACGAGGAGGAGCACGCGGCCAUCUUCCCGCCGCACUGGCGCGUCAGCGAGGUCCUGGCCACCGCGUUCUGCGAAGGAACGCGCGACGACUUCAGGGGCAUCCUGGAGCGCAGCAUGCGGCGCACCGACGGCGCCAAGAUUGACGUGAAUCUGCUCUUGUCCUGCCUGCAGGAGACGCUCGACUUUGAGCAGAGCCUGGAGAGGCGCUUCUCCAACGAGCCGCGAGCGAGCAUCGACACGUUGAGCUCUGCGGAGGAAAAGACGUAUUCAUUCAACGGACUCAUCUCGGUUGCGUUUGAGCCGUACCUCAGCCUAUGGGUUGACUCACAAGACAGGCAACUUGCUGCAAUGAUGCCAAAGUACAGGAAUCAGCCGUCAAUACCGCCCGACGACGAAUUCUCGCCGCAAGCGGUGAUGCAGUCCGCCAUUGAGCUGUUUCACUUUUACAAGCUCACCCUAUCACAAUGCGCAAAGCUGUCGACUGCGGAACGGCUACUCGACCUAUCAAAGAUACUCGCAAAGUAUCUCGACGAGUACGCGCAGCAAGUCUUGCUACACAAGCUCCAAGCCUCCGGCCAAACACUACCCGCGAUGCAGGACUGCAUCCUGGUGCUCAACACGGCCGACUUUUGGCACGCAAACACAAACCAGCUGGAGGAGAAUAUCAAGAAGCGCAUAGACCCGGACCUCGUCGGCAGGGUCGACCUGUCAUCCCAGUCCGACGCCUUCCUUGGCGUGGCCAGCGCCUCGGUAUUGGCGCUGGUGCGGAUCGUGGAGCAGCACUGCGAGGGCGUCUGGCGAGAGAUGAAGAACACGAACUGGAGCACGAUGGAGACCGCGGGCGAUCAGAGCUCAUACGUCGGCGAGCUUGUGAAGCACGUCAACGACAAGACGCAGGAGAUUCUGGCCGUGGUGGGCAAGCAACAGUAUGCCAGGGCCUUUUGUGAUAAUCUUGUCGAGCACUUGGCAACAAGCUACAUUAACCAAAUUGUGCAAUGCCGGCCAAUAUCAGAGAUCGGUGCUCAGCAGAUGCUGGUGGACAAGUAUGCACUUACAAAGUCUUUCGGCACCCUGAUUCUUCAGCACAACCCAUCACCGACGCCUCAACCACCGCCGGCCGGCUUCGUCCGGAGAGUCGAGCAAUCCAUGGGUCGUGUCGACCCGCUGCUCAAGACGCUGCAGAUCCGGCCGUCGCCGCCCGAGGGUCUCGUGCAGGCGUACCUCAUCCACAUCGGCGACAAGUCGGACACCAACUUCCGCAAGAUCCUGGAGCUCAAGGGCGUGCGCAAGCAAGACCACGCGCACCUGAUGGAGCUGUUCGGCAUCCACCGCGAGGGCAGCGGGGGCCACGACAAGCUGGUGGCGAGCUCGCCGCUGCUGACGCCGCUCAUGGCGACCACGACGACAUCGGGUCUCGGCGGCAGCAGCAGUACCGCCACCGCGGCGGCGGGCGCGGCGUCGGUGCUGACGGGCACCGCGGCGCGGGGUGCCUUUGACGCGGGCUCGCUGGGCGAGAAGCUGCUGAGCGCGGCGCGGGACAUUGGCACGGCGAGCGCGGCCGGGAUGCCCGGCGGCGUCGGCGUCGGUGCGGACAAGGCGACGAUCAACGAGAACUUGCGCAACUUUGGCAAGUUUUUCCGAAGGGACAUUGGCGGCCUGGGCGCGCGGUUCGGAAAGCGGGACGGCAGCCUCGGCGCCGAGGGGGAGCAGCGAUGA